AAGAAGUUAUAGGCCAUCCGAUUGUUGUCUUAAACAGUGUUGAUCAGAUACAGAAGAACCAAUUAAUUAAACUUAUAAUUUAGUCAGAUGGAUUUCCCAGUGUAUGUAGUUUUACCAGGAAGUGGGGUUGGUUUAAGGUUUGGAUCACCAACACCAAAACAGUACACUGAUGUCUUGAACAAGCCCCUCUUUUUGUAUACUGUGCAGGCUUUCCACAGAUUCCCGUGGGUACACACUAUAGUGGUGGUUGUGUCCCUUGAUGACAUUCCCUGGGUUGAGGAACAAUUAAAGAAGAACAACUUGACCCGGGUCAGAGUGGUAGCUGGGGCGGACACAAGACACAGAUCUAUUUAUAAUGGGGUCAAGGCUCUCAGAAAAGUGUGUACAGGGGAUGCUGUAAUCCUGAUUCACGACAUUGUACGUGUUCUAGCAGAGGAGUCUGUGGUGAAGGAUGUGGCUACUGCAGCCAAACAGCAUGGUGCUGCUGGUAUUACCCGACCUUUGACCUCUACAGUGAUAGCCAAGGACAAUGAGGGAUUUCUGUCUGAAUCUUUAGAUAGAACUAAAUAUGUGGCCAGUGAAAUGCCUCAGGGAUUCCACUUUGAAAUUAUCAACACUGCAUACGAAAAGGCCUCUGAAUAUGACUUUGAAUUUGGAACCGAAUGUCUCCACUUGGCAUCCAAAUACACAGGGACCAGAGUCAGACUUGUGGAGGGUCCAGACAGUCUAUGGAAGGUUACAUACAGAAAAGACUUAUUUGCAGCAGAGGGUAUACUAAGAGAAAAUCUGUCAUCCAUUUUCAUUGAGGAAGGAAAAAACCAAAGAGAGAAUAUCAUAAGCUCCUUCACAGAAGGAAAUCUGAAGGUGUCCUCAGAAAAAUCUCCAAGCUGCUCUGAAUCUGGUUUUGUAUUUUUUUUGUCACCCCCGAGAUUGGAACCAGACAUAGCAUCCAAGAUUGAUAACAUCUCUGUAAUAAUGAACAAAAUUACAUCACAUCAAUAUGAAAAGUGUUCCGGCUGUCCAUGUAAUGACUCAAUAUCUGAGUCUACAAAGAAAGAAGAUUGUGGUUGUUAUACCAAUACAGAUGAAACAGAAGUCAUGGUUUGCUCUAAGUGUUCAUUUCUGACCAAGAAAACAAUUGUACUGUUGCAUGAAAUUAACAAGUCAUGCAGAAGAACUGUAGUUGAAAACACCAGAGAAAGACUUCUAGGGGCCAGGCUUCCUGACAAUGUGUUCAUGUCUGUGAUUGUUUAUCAUAAAGAUUCUAAUCUCCAGAGAGUAGGGAGACUGAGUGUGUCACUUCUUAAAAACCAAGAUCCAGGAAUGAAUGGUCAGGUUCUGUAUGUGCAAUGAAAAUUCUCUUUGGUGCAGUUUAAAGAACAAUAAAUUGAUCACUUUAAAAACUUGCUUUAUAAAUUUCAUCUUUCCUGGACCAGUGGUUCUUGUG